AGCCUGAAGCAGCAGGAGACAACAUGAAGCUGACACCCAGGCUGAUACUGGCGCUCUGUGUGGUGCAGUGCUGCAGACGCACCGAGGCUACAGUCUCUCUGAUCGUCCGUCCAGACAGACAGCAGUUCUUUUCUCCAGAAGAGUCUUUCUCUCUGAGCUGUGAGGAGGAGGAGGAGAGUUCUUCAGGAUGGAAGGUGAAGAGGAGGUCAGGAGCUCAGCCUGAGGAGUGUGGUGUUGGAGGUGUUGGAGGCUUUGGGAGACUUGAUGGUUCCUCCUGCAGGAUGUCAGACCCCUACCCAUCAGACAGUGGAGAUUACUGGUGUGAGAGUUCAGACGGAGCGAGAAGCAACGAGGUCCACAUCACUGUAACUGGUGGUCAGGUGAUCCUGGAUGUUCCUGCACGUCCUGUGAUGGAGGGAAGUGAUGUCACUCUGUUCUGUAAAAUCAGUGAUGGUUCCCGCCAACCAGCUGAUUUCUACAGAAACAACACCUUCAUUACAGCUGCACCUGAAACAGGUUUCACCAUCAGUCCAGUCCAACAGUCUGAUGAAGGUUUCUACAGGUGUUUUGUUGGAUAUGUUGGACGUUCAGCAGAGAGCUGGCUGUCUGUCAGAGCUCGUCCUCUUCCUCCUUCUUUACCUCCUACUGCUGCUCCUCCUCCCUCCACCUGUGACCCGACUGAAGCUACAGUUUUUCUGACCAUCAUUGCUCCUCUCUGGGUAGCUGCCCCCCCUCCAUCUGCUUCAAUGUUGGUGAGGCUGCUCUGCCACCUGGUGGUCUGCUGCCCAUACUGCAUCUGCACCGUCCUCCUGCUGUCAAUGUGCUGCAGCAGGAAAGGGAACAAAACAGCUGUCCCCAUGGAAACCGCCCAGCGUGACCAGGGAUUGGUUGAAGAGUAUGAUGACGUCGCUGCUGAUGUCACCACCGAGCAUGCCUUCUGAUCUGAAGAGGCC